AGUGUCAAAGUCGUUCUCCGAGCCGCUGUCCUCUUCUGAGUCCGAAGUGUGUGUGCUUCUCUCGUGGGCGUCCAUGUUGUUUUUAAUUGUAUGGCGCAUAAAACACUACUUUUCCCACAAGGCAUUGCGCCCCAGUGACGCCCGUUUCCAACCGCAGGGGGCAGUGGGAUUGAUAGGGAUGUUUCCAUCAUGGCGGCAUCCAUUUCAGGUUAUACUUUUAGUUCUGUGUGUUACCACAGCGCCAAUAGCAACUCCGAUCAUGAGGGCUUCCUUUUAGGAGAAGUAAGGCAAGAAGAGACUAUCAGCAUCAGUGACACACAGAUGAGCAAUGCAGAACUGCUCCAAGUAGUAGAAAUCCAUAAACAUGACCCUUGCGCACGGUUGUUUAGCUUUUAUGACUACGCAGGGAAAGUCAAUGAAGAAAAUCUCAACAGCGUUCUAAAAGAUAGGCGAAAAAAUGUGAUCGGUUGGUACCGCUUUCGGCGAAACACGCAGCAGCAGAUGUCGUUCAGGGAACAGAUCAUCCACAAACAGCUGACUCAGCUGCUGGGCGUGCCCGACCUCGUCUUCCUCCUUUUCAGCUUCAUCUCCACGGCCAACAGUUCCACGCACGCGCUGGAGUAUGUGCUCUUCCGACCGAACCGCAGUAGGUACAACCAGAGGAUCACCCUUACCAUCCCAAACCUGGGAAAUACAAGCCAGCAGGAGUAUAAGGUCUCCUCCGUGCCCAACACCUCGCUCAACUACGCCAAGGUCAUCAAAGAACACGGGGCUGAAUUCUUCGACAAAGACGGCGUGAUGAAGGACAUCCGAACAAUAUUUCAAGUCUACAGUGCGCUGCAGGAUAAAGUACAGGCCGUGUGUGGGGAGGUAGAACAAAGUGAACGUGCGAAGGAGAAAAUUCAAGAAGACGUGAACAAACUGAAACAGGAAAUUGCUCUCAGGAAACACAAGGUGGCGGAAGAAGAGAGGCGGCUCCGUGAAGCCCAGAAUCCAGACUCCCACUCCACUCCAGAGGAAAACACGGAACCUUCCGAAACGUCUCAUCUAUCGAGAAUAUCUUUCCAUACGCCCUCCGCACCGGAGCGGCCCAGCAUCUCAUCCGACCCGCCCUCAUACGCUGACCUCAUGUCCCAAAGCGAAUCUCUUCUCUCCUCCUCUUCCCCGCCUACCAGUGCUGCUCUACUGCCCCGGCCUCAGGCUGUGGGGUCUCCGGGACACCCCACCCCGGGCCCACUAGGGAUUAUCUCAAGCUUGGGCCUCGGCGCCACCUCAAAUCCCGUCAGCACUCCCAGCCCCCCGUACCUCGGCAACGGGGACGGAUCAAGCUCUGAUUCGUUAGACAGACAAGCAGCGGGUCAGGAGUUUGACGACGACGAUGACGACGAAGACGAGGACAGUAGCGAAUACGAGAACCUAGUGAGCGAAGCCGCCCGUCUGCCCGUGAGCCCCGCCACCCUUUUAGCACGAAGCCGGUCGUCCGCCCUGGGUCCUGACGGGGACACCCGCGGCUCACAGACCACAUAGAAACGUGCCGCCAGGUGUGGACAGGACACGCGCAACUGACGCACCUUCUCAAGCAAUCAAAGAUAGACAAAGAAGUGCCAGUCCUGAAAGUGAAAGGCAUGUGCAGCUGGUGUCCCGCUAUAUGUCCUGGUUCUGUCUCCAUUUUAAGGGGAACUCAUGUCUCACUGGAGGGGUGUGUGUCUUUUUUUUUGUGUUUCUUUUCGGAAAGGGGAUGCUGUCUCUGUACUUUUUUUUUUUUUGAACGCGUUUCGUCGGCUCCGAUAAUGCAGAUGCUACUUCCAACCGUUGCGUUCUAGUACACAAAGGCAGGUCCUGCUCCGCUUUGUUUCACAUUUUCAUCACUAAACUCCGAGCACCCACUCUUGCAGUACUUUUGCACUAUUUAUUGCCUUCUUUUUAGCGACCUCUCAAAGAAACACAAAGGGAGAGAAUCAAUCAGCCUUCCAAAUAACGUUGAAAGAAGUCCUACUUUUUAUUAUGGUUGAAAAAAUCAAGGAAAGACUUAAAUGUAACUAGACUUACUUUCACGUGCACAACUGUCACACUUAUUGGGAUUAUGUGCUUACCUGUAAUUAUUACAUUAGCAAUCCAGCAUGAAGUGGAGUCACAGAUUUGUCAUGUAAGUGACUGAUAGAUCUCAAACUAAAUUACGCCACUUAUGGGUGCUUCAUAUAUAUAUAUAUAUAAAUGUAUAUUUUUGUCUUUUGGUGUCAGUUAACUUCAUUAAAUCGGCACGAAUGUCUUACUCUUCUGGGAGAGGGGGUAAAAAAAAAAAACACUGAAAUUGUAUCGCGCUUUGCUGCACUUAAAAGUUAAAAUGUACGAUUUCCUUUUUUUUUUAAUCUAUGUGCUGUACCAAUGAGGUCAUGUCAUUACCACUUGUAUAGUCCCACUUUGACACCCACUCUGCUCAUCUUUUGUACAUUGUACACACACACACACACAGGGUUUCAAACACAAACACAAUGUACUGUAGCUUUACUAACCAGAUGCUCACGUUUUUCCCUUCUAUUGCUGCAACACGGAAAGCUAUACCACUAAACGACAAAACUGGCUGCUAUUUGCACUCCACACUGCUCCUUGUCUUGUUGCUAACUUAUAACCACCGGAAGCUCACUUCUCGUCCGAUAGUUAUCUGUUUAAAAGUAUAAAUGUACGGCUAAAAUAACCCCUGUAGUGUGUGAAUUCUAACAAUAUAGUUGAGAAUACAUGCCAUGUAUUUUUUUAAUCUGAUUGGAUUAAUAUUGCAUGCGUGAUCUUGGGCAAUAAGAUUUUGCUUCAGUGCAUUCCAAUUUACAGUAUUGGCAGUUACCGUCUGCACAACUGUUCUUUUGGAUGACACCUACACUUUGUCAUAUACAAUUUAACCGAGUGUCGCGACUCUGGCUUUGCUGUCUAUCUUGUUACAAACUGGAAUCCUCACUGCAAAAGUCAAAGGGAACCUGCUCGGUGACUUGUACACCUGACCUAGAUGUGAAAUGUUACCAAAGCUUAAGCAAUUUUGUCACGGAUGCCGUUCUUUAAUGGGCCGACCGGUACCUCUCGCAGGGCGUGUGUUCAAUACGGUCACCGGCAGGUUGUACCCUCUGACAUCCCAAACUGACACAUUCUGAAUCCAAGCUCGGCUUUUAGUUACGCAAUCUGUACGCACGCCAGUUUGCCUUAGAGCUGUCUCAUUUGCAUCACUGAUCAGGAACUGGCACUCUUUAAAAAAAAAAAAAAAUGUUACUUCAUAUUCAACCUGAGUAACAAACACAUCUCAUCACAUGAUGUAGGACAACAUGACAUUUACUGUAUGGCUUUCGCUGGAGAACUGGAGUUUAAACAAGGAACUAGAUUAAAUAAUGAAUGUACAGUCGACAAGGGAGGGAGUAGCAUUUAGUUGACUUUUACUGAUGGUGGUCCUUUGCUGUUACCCUUUUUGGGGCUUAUUUGGGUAGUUCAGCCUUGUGUAACCUCGACUUGACGAUCAAAAACCAGCAGGGCUGUGGUGCUGUGAUCCAAUGGUAGUUAUUUUUUUUUUUAAGUAUAAAUUAAACACUCAUGUACUCUUAUUGUAUAGAGUGAUACUUCCCUUUCUCUUCUUUACCCAAAUGGGACACUACGACACCUCCCUGAAGCACACACUUGAGGGACUCUUUAGGGUUUUUAAUUUGGAUUUGUGCACUUGGAAGAAGACAAAAAAUGUUUGAAUGAGCACAGAGGGGGGGUGGAAUAAAUGAGACAUGUAUAUGUGGUAUGUG